AUGUUGCUGAUAAGUCUUCUUCUUCUUGUGGUGUUGAACCUGGCUUUCACCUUCGCGCAGCAACCGAACUUCUACUUCCCACCAGGCACCAGCGAUUCACAGAAACAACAGUUUUACCAAGCAUUUCGAGAUGCUAUAACCCUUGCAAGGUUCGCGGCGACCACUGGAGAUCCAUGUGACCAGGCUUUCCGUAGAUACUUCCAACCACAGGAUUAUGAUUUCGUGCAAAACAUCUUCAAAGAGAUCGCCAAUAUCCCGAUCGCCGAGAACCCCAACCCGAUGGAUAUCAGCCGGUUGGUUUCGAGGUCUGAAUUCAACCCUAAUUUCACCAGCUUGAGCAUCUCAUUGGGGAAUCAUCCAUUGUGGACCUCGGAGGUCACUAGCAGAUGUGACUCUGAUCCAAGGAAUGGUGGCGUCCUGGGGAGGUUGGUCACUCAAUUUUGGGCGGGGGUCCAAUAUCAAGGUCUCAUGGCCAUUUGCCCCCAGUCGAUUCUGUUCAGUUAUUUGGGAUCUCUCCAAGAGACAGAAAAUCCACCGGCUUGGGCAAGGGCCAACAGGGAUCCCAACGGACAACCUCUACCAGGAUUUGGCUGCGGCGGGCUCAGCGACCAUGAUUCAAGUCUCAUGUUGGUACUUGGAGCCGUCUUCUUGCACGAGAUGCUGCAUUGGCCCAGGUUGGUGCGCUGGGUUCCGGAUUAUGACAAGCUCAUACCCCUUGACCAAUACGGACAGCCUACCAUCGUGGACUUUGUGCCAUCGCCGGGACAAUAUCCACCUGCCGGGUACGGACCCCUGUAUGCAAAAACCAUCAAUGAAGGGCAGCCUCUGAAUCCGCAGACAGGAAAAUCAGCGUCCAUCCAGAACUCAGACAACUACGUCUGGUAUGCGUUGUCGAAAUACUGGUCCUUCAAAUGUGGGAGAGUCUUUGGACCUUCCUUCACACAAUACGAUAUGCAGACCAUCCUUCAGAGAAUGAAGCCGCCCUGA